AUGCCCUCACCUCAAGCUCCUCCACCUCUCCCAGACACCCGCCGCAUCAUCACAACCCACAACGCCUCCCGCUCCGCCACUAUCGCCAUCAAUGAACACAAAGAACCCACCGCCCUCGAGGACGGAACGUACCUUAACCCCCUCUGGUCAUCCGACGAGCUCCCCGCCACGAUCGACCAGGACCCAACCAAGAUCCAGCCCGACCCGGCCGCCGCGACAACCGGUGGCUCCGUCUUCUGCACCUACGAUCUGCCCCCGAAAUACGAGGGGCCGAUGCAUCGCUCCAUCACCCUCGAUUAUAUCACCGUCACCCAAGGCGUGGUCAAGCUGAGCACGGACGAUGGGUCCACGGUGACGCUGCGGCCGGGCGACACGGUCGUGCAGAGGGGCACCAUGCACAAGUGGGGGAAUCCGUCGGAUGAAUGGGCUAGAUUGACUUCGGUAAUGGUGCAGGCGAGGCCGGUGGUGGUGGAUGGUAAGGAGAUGGAGGCUGUGUGGCCGUUUUAG